AUUGUUUCUCAGUAGGAAACUUGUUACUCUGAUUCGAUUCGAUCGUUAAAUCCUUCAUCUAAGCGUUUUCGGAGUUCGGAUUUUCAUAUUUUUGAUAUUUAGGUAGCGUAUCGCUUAGGGAUCCAUUAUAUCCGACAAAUUUCUUCUUCUACAAUCUGAUUCACCUCGAUUUUCCCAGUUUUCAAAGCAGUAUAUUAGGGUUUGUAGACUAAUUGGGGUCCUUUAGUGAUUGGGAUUUGUAGAGAGGGUACGAUUAUGGACGCUUUUGGAAUCGGGAGUCCCGUGACUGAGGAUCUUAAGAACUUUGGAGAUAAUCCUUCAGGUAAUACAAUGUUUGAUGCAUCUCAGUAUGCCUUUUUUGGGAACGAUGUUGUCGAGGAGGUUGAGCUGGGUGGAUUGGAGGAGGAAGAUGAGAUUUUGUCUUUCACUGGAAUAGCAGAAGACUUUUCAUUUGAUAAGGAAGAGGUUGAAGAUUCUAGACUUCUGUCUGACGUUGAUGAUCUUGCUAGUACUUUUUCAAAGUUGAAUAGGGAACCUGAUGUAUAUAGAAGUACGGGGCCAAUCACCGAUAGGCGAUCAAUACAGAAUUCUCUAGCUGCUGAGUGGACUCAUGGGGAGGAGUUGCCAAAUUGGUACGGCCGGCCAAUACUGGACUCUGAUGCCAUUAAAGAUGACAAGGCGUGGUCAGCACAGCCUUUUUCAUCUCUGGACCUUGUUGAGCAGAGAAACCCUGACAGAACAAAAUUGUAUCCAGAACCACAGCGUCAACUGCAUCAAGACCAUAAUCAACAACAGUUUUCCAGCGAACCAAUUCUUGUCCCGAAGUCAUCUUUUGUUUCAUACCCUCCUCCAGGCAGCAUAUCACCUGAUCAGCGUUUAGGACACCCUAAUAUACCAUAUCAAUCUGGUGGGCCUCAAAUGGGAUCGCCAAACUUCUCUCCUUUUCCAACUUUGCAGCCUCAGUUGCCUACCAUGCAUCAUGGAUCACCGCAGCAUACUGGAAACAGGCCUCAGUUUCGUCCUGCUCUUCCUCUGAAUAAUCGCCCUCCAUCUCAAUGGAUGAAUCGUCAAAAUAUGCAUCCUGGGGAUAGUUCCGGGAUCAUGAAUAAUGCGAUGCUACAACAGCCACCUCAUCAAAACGGUUUGAUGCCUCCACAGAUGCAGGGCUCUCAGAAUAGGUUACCACAUCCGAUGCAGCCUCCUCUCGGGCAUAUGCCAGGAAUGCAGCCUCAGUUAUUUAAUUCCCAUCUUUCUCGAUCAUCUUCAUCUGGAAAUUAUGAUGGAAUGCUUGGGUUUGGUGAUCUGAGGGAAGCAAGACCAGGAUCAGGUCAUGGGAACAGACAGAACAUGCGUUUUCAACAACAAGGCUUUGAUACUGGCAUUCAGAGAAGAUAUCCAUUCCGGUCUAAAUAUAUGUCAGCUGGUGAGAUAGAGAAUAUACUGAGAAUGCAGCUUGUUGCUACACACAGCAAUGAUCCUUACGUUGAUGAUUACUAUCACCAAGCCUGUCUUGCUAAGAAAUCUGCAGGUGCAAAACUGAAGCAUCAUUUCUGUCCAAAUCAUUUGAGGGACCUCCAACAGCGUGCACGGACAAACAACGAGCCUCAUGCUUUUCUUCAGGUUGAGGCUCUUGGUAGGGUUCCGUUCUCUUCAAUCCGCAGGCCUCGUCCUCUUCUUGAAGUGGACCCUCCAAAUUCAGCUAAAUCUGGUAAUGCAGAGCAUACCGAUAAGCCCCUUGAUCAAGAACCGAUGCUUGCAGCUAGAGUGUACAUUGAGGAUGGUCUUUGUCUCCUCCUUGAAGUUGAUGAUAUAGAUCGUUUCUUGGAGUUCAACCAACUCCAGGACGGAGGAAACCAGUUGAAACAAAGACGACAGUCAUUGUUGCAGAACCUUGCGGCUUCACUUCAGCUUGGUGAUCCCCUCGCCAAGAAUGGGCAAAGCCGGUCUCAUGAUGAUUUUCUCUUUCUAAGGAUUAUCUCUCUUCCAAAGGGUCGGAAGCUCCUUAUAAGGUAUCUUCAGCUAAUUUUCCCUGGCAGCGACCUAAUGCGGAUAGUUUGCAUGGCCAUUUUCCGUCAUUUAAGGUCAUUGUUCGGAGUUCUUUCAUCUGACCCCGAUAUCAUCAAAACCACAAAUAAGCUUGCAAAAGUUAUCAACGUGUGCAUUCAAAACAUGGAGUUAGGACCGGUAAGCACGUGUCUAGCAGCGGUGUCUUGUUCUUCUGAGCAGGCACCGCUCCGCCCCUUAGGCAGUCCUGUUGGAGACGGAGCUUCCACGGUACUGAAAUCAACACUCGACAGAGCUUCGGAGCUUAUUCGGGCUAAUAAUUUCAACAACGCAGGGAUGGCUCUAUGGCGCGCUUCCUUUAACGAGUUCUUUAAUAUGUUGAUGAGGUACUGCAUCAGCAAAUACGAUAGCAUCAUGCAGAGUUUGAAUUCACAAUUGCCACCGCAGUUUGCUACUGAGAUAUCUGAUGCAGCUGCACAAGCCAUUGUCCGCGAAAUGCCAAUAGAGCUUCUACGUUCAAGUUUCCCACACAUUGAUGAGCAGCAAAAGAGAAUACUAAUGGAGUUUUUGAAACGAUCUAUGCUCGGAAGCCAGAAAACCGAGCCAGUCUUAAGUUGAUAGUAUCAAAGAUUGAAGCAGUAAAAUCAAGAAACUGUAUGGCGAAGUCUGUAUAUGGAGGCAUAAGAUCAUGCAGAUACCGCGAGAAGAAAGGUAAAAGCAGCGGAGAGGAAGUUUGGUCUCUGUACAGAGAAAAGGUCUUUAGCUUUGCAGAACUUAUGAAAGAGUUUUCAGGCAUUUGUGUUUCUGUCUUUUGUUUAGUUAAUCCCAUUGUGGUUUCGAUAUUUGUUUUUGAAAUCCCUAUGUUUUUUGAUAAAUUCUCUUUCCUUUUUGUCUUUCUCUGUCUUACCAAUAAACAUUUUGAGUUAUG